AUAUUUUCAAGUUUUACUUGUUAAAAGUUAUACUUUCUUCUCAGAUUUUGUUUAAGAAGAUAUCUCAAGUUACAGUCUAUAUUAUAGUUUAAUUGUAGUUAAACAAUAUGAGUCAGUUUAAUUAGAAUUUGUGUAUAAUUGUGAUUUAGCUCGUUAGUAGUGAACAGUGAAAUACGUCGCGGUAAAACGCGUAAGUGACGGCUGCUGCAUGGCGCUUAUGCCCUUUUAAUCGCAGACUCUAGUGACUAGCGUUAUUAGUUUGCUUAUUAUUUUGUCCAUCUCAAGUGCAUACCCACAAAAUGAGUUCGUGCCUCGGCUGUCAACAGCUCAUCAAUGUCACUGAUAAAAUCUCUUGUUUUGAAUGUAAAAAUAACUUCCACUACGCCUGUGUUGGAUACACAAAGACAUCUUUUGGCAGACUUGCAGCUAAAGCUAAGUCAAACUGGAAGUGUCCAGAGUGUAAAUUACCUCCAAAAAACGACGAUAAUACUCCGGUUAAGUCAAUGUUCGACAGUUCACCGCCCCACGUACCCUUACCGUCGGCGGCGGGGAACUUAGAUGAAUAUUUUAGAAACAUGGAAGUAUCACUUUUGUCGAAACUAAAGACUGAGUUGGUCUCUUUAAUUGAAGAAAAAAUACUAAAGGACAUACAGAAAAAAGUAGGUGCAAUACCACAAGUUAAAGCACACCUUGAUGAAAUAACGCAAAGUCUGAGCUUGCUAUCAGAUAAGUACGAUACAAUACUUGCAGAAAACCAGCAAUCACGGGAAAAGAUCAGUAGAUUGGAGAAGACAGUUGUAAAUAUAAACAAUAAGUGUGUGUAUUUUGAGAAGUGCAACGCUGCGCUUGAACAGAAGAUCCAUGAAUUUGAACAGGCUUCUCUAAAUGAUCGAAUAGAAAUUGUGGGCAUAGAAAAACUACCAGGUGAAAAUAUCAAGGACCUUAUUUCUAAGGUUGGGGACACAAUCAAUGUAAGUACUUCAGAAAUCGAGUGGGCCAGGCGAACCACGACCACCCGCCUUAUGAAAACAAGCGCAAAACCGGCACCUAUAGUGGUGAAAUUCAAGGUCUCAGGCGCUGACUCUCGUGACAUCUGGUUGGCGCAGCGCCGUAAAAUGACGGAGGUUACGAGUAACAAAAUCACAGGUGGAUCGGCGACCAAUAAAAUAUACAUCAACGAAGCUCUUACUAAGGUAACUAGAACCUUGCUGUGGAACACGAAGAAACAGCUUCAUGGCGUAUACAAGUAUAUAUGGGUAUCUAAUGGUAAAAUCCUAGUUAAAAAAAGUGAAGCAUUCCUGGAUUCGAUGUUAAUGUACACACUCGUUGUGGGCGAAGAGGUGGAGGUGUGUUGGUUUACUCUCGUGCGGAGUUGGGUGCGCGGCUUAAUCAUAAACUCGAUCUUGUGA